AUGUCUAAGCCAAGCUUGCCCGUAUCGACGUCAUCGUUUCAAGUUUCCAAUGGUGAUGAUCAAAACGGAGAGAAGAAAGUUGGUUACUUGCACUAUGAACUAGAUCCUGGCUUCACCGUUCGACUACGUCAGGAUAUUGACCCUGCUAUGGACCCUAAGAAACUCAAACGGUUUGGUGUUACAUAA